CCGUAACGAUACCUUAAUUGACCUUAGCAACUGAUCUUGCUAUCUUAUCAAACGAUGGCACUGAUUGUUGCCGCAGUCUGGGUAAAAUUUGGGAUUCGUUUUCGCUAAUAAUCUACAGUCGUGUCUGGAAGGUGAAAGAAUGAGGUCUAACGUUGCUUGCCUUGCGCUGUUGGUAGUGAUCGGAUGGCUCGGAGGGGCCAGCCAGGCGGCCAACAUUCUCUACAUCAACACCGUCGCAUCACCCAGCCAUUUUGGAUGGAACCGAGCUCUUAUGUAUGCGCUGGCGGAGCAAGGUCAUAACUUGACCGUGUUCGGUGUCGACCACGAGGAGAAUCCACCGGCCAAUGUGACCUUCAUACUGCUGGAGGAUGUGUACAAGCAGCUUUACAGCGAUCCUACCUUGGAUACGGACUUUUUCGCGAUGAGCAAAAUCUCCGUAUUCCAGAUGCUGAAGCUAUACGAUGAGUAUAUGCUGGGAACGUGCGAGAUCGCGUUGCGAACCGAAGGAGCUAAACGGUUACGUGAUUAUCCACCGGACUUUGGAUUCGAUCUGAUCAUUCAUGAUUAUCUGUCUGGCCCAUGCCUGGCGGCGCUGGCUCAUCAUCGGUUCGGUCAGCCGCCAGUCGUGGCCGUAACCGCUUAUCACGGUGCAUCGACAACCAUCUCUAUCACAGGCGCCUACCAAUACUCGGCGCUCGUCCCGAACCACGCACUAGACGCCAUGGAGGAGAUGAGCUACCGGGAGCGCUUCGUCAAUCUGUUGGCCAACAUGUGGGAAGAGAUGCUGCAGCGUUGUGAUAUCGUACCGCGUACCAACCGGGUACUGCGGGAGUACGAUCCGACCAUACCGGAUGUUGCGGAGUUCAAUCGUGGGACGAAGCUCGUACUGCUGAACUCGAAUCCAAUCAUCCAGUUCACGGAACCACUGAUGCCAAACAUUAUUCCCGUCGGGGGGCUACAGAUCGUUAAACCGAAACCAUUGCCAGCGGAUCUCGCCAAGCUGCUCGAUGCAGCCGGGGAUGGCGGUGUUAUCCUCUUCUCGCUGGGAACGAACGUGCGCAGUGAUAUGCUGGGUGAGGUACGUAUCAACGCGAUUCUCGAUGCGAUGCAGGCGCUACCAGAAUACACGUUCCUGUGGAAGUUCGAGUCCGAUACUAUCACUCGCCGGUUGCCACCGAACGUGCACAUCCGGCCAUGGAUGCCACAGAACGCGCUGCUGGCACACCCCAAGCUGAAGCUGUUCAUUACGCACAGUGGCUUGCUCAGCACCCAGGAAGCAAUCUGGCACGGAGUGCCCGUAAUCGGGUUUCCCGUGUUUGCCGAUCAGUUCAAGAACAUUAACUACUGCGAGGCAAAGGGUGUCGGUAAACGAUUGAGUAUCGAACACCUGAACACCCAACAGCUAAUCGCUACCAUCCGGGAAAUUAUGACUAAGGAAAGCUAUCGUACCAACAUGAAUCGUAUGUCUAAGCUGUUCCGUGAUCAGCCAGAACAUCCCCUUGAUCGAGCAGUCUGGUGGGUGGAGUGGGUCUUGCGGAAUCCAGAUGCAACGGAGUUGUUGUCGCACGCAUCCCGCAUGCAUUGGUUCUUCAAGUACUCGUACGAUGUGUUGCUGCCACUGUUUGCAGCUCUAGCCAUCUGUUGCCACAUCGUGCUGUUCGGCGUGCGUCGACUGUUCUGCCGAAAGGCAAAGACUGUGGGAGCACACGGAAAGCAGAAGAGAUCAUAAGAUGACGCACCGAAGUGCAUACCAAGGUUCCAACCACCCGGCAACCGGUGCUAAAGUGUUAUACCAAAAAGGGAGGCUAGUGAUAAGAAUUCUACUACUUUUUUUGUAUGGGAGGGCAAAGGCACUUCGCAUUUCCGCAAAUCAUGACCGCGGGUAUCCAGGUGGUUACGAUGAUAGGGGAGAUAACGUUCCUGCAAGUCGUUGAUAACAAAACUGGUUUAAAAUAGAAACCAAAGCCUUGAUUCUUUCCUUGUUUUUUUUUUGUUGCUCUCAGCAGCUGAUAGAUUCACCUUAUCCAAAUACCUUCUUUUUAUCAAACAAAAUUUCAUGGCAGUGUUUCAACUAUGAGACUACGAGAUACGUCAUGAUUAGCUGAAAUGGACUUUGGUCAAUGAUGGGUUUGAUUAAAUAAUCGAAAUGGGCAAAAUUUGACCACGAAGACCAUGAGAACAAGACCAUCUACACCGUUUUAUCCAAUUCCCGGAUUUCUCAAUGUUUUCGUCAAACCGAUAGUGUACAAAAGAGGCAAAAGAAUAAGAAAAUGCACCAUCAA